AUAUUACUCUUUCCCUCAUCAGCAUCUCUCUCUUUGGUUUGCUGGUUUCAACUUCAAUGGCAUAGUGCUUUGGUUCAGAGCAGCCAUGGAGUUUUCUCGAUUCGAUCAAGUUGACCCAGAUCUUCAAUUUGUUUGGCUCUGCUAAAGUGUUUUCCUUUUUUGACUGAGAGCUGGCUUCGUGGCAACCCAUUAAUCAUCAUUUUGAUAUCUGAAGGGUGAUAUCAAAAUCUUUUUCUAGAAAGGAGAUCAGAAAUGUUGACCUGCAUUGCGUGUUCCAAGCAGCUUAAUGACAAGAGAUCUCUUCCCCAACAAGAUGAGCACGAAGAAGCUGUGGAUACACCCAGCACCAAGCAGGCCAUUAAGGCCCUCACAGCGCAGAUCAAGGACAUGGCGGUGAAGGCUUCUGGGGCAUAUAGAAAUUGCAAGCCCUGUUCAGGAUCUUCAAAUGGUAACAGGAACCAUAACUAUGCUGAUUCUGAUAUGGCUUCAGAAUCAGCGAGAUUUCACUGGGCGUACAAAAGGACUGGUAGCUCCAACUCAACCCCCAGGCUUUGGGGAAAGGAGAUGGAGGCGAGACUGAAGGGGCUCUCUAGUGGGGAAGGAACGCCGGCGUCGGUGAGUGGCCGGACUGAGUCGGUGGUGUUCAUGGAGGAGGAUGAGCCCAAGGAAUGGGUUGCUCAAGUAGAGCCUGGUGUGCUUAUCACUUUCGUUUCGUUGCCUCAAGGUGGGAAUGAUCUGAAACGAAUACGGUUCAGCCGGGAAAUGUUUAAUAAAUGGCAAGCUCAGAGGUGGUGGGCUGAGAAUUAUGACAAGGUCAUGGAGUUAUACAACGUUCAAAGGUUCAAUGAACAAGUAGGUCCUCUGCCAACCCCACCGAGAUCCGAGGAUGAGGUGAGCAUUCACCAUUCUGUAUUUUGAUGAAUGAGUAAACAAAUGCCUUAAGGCAUUUAGUUUCAUGCAAAGCUCGAAGCCA